UCAGUUCAGAUUGGUAACAACAUCUCCACCACGGUCUCCAUCAGCCCAGGAUGAACAUAAGGCUGUGUGAUUAGCUCCUUUCACUCUCAUCCCCAUCAACGUCAACAAGAUCAAGAAGCUGAUCAUUGAUUUCAGGAGGAGGAAACCAGAUAUCCAUGAACCAGUACUCGUGGGAGGAUCCGAGGUUCAACUUCAAAUUCCUGGGUGUUGUUAUUUUGGAGGACCUCUCCUGGGCCUGGAACAUAAGUACAAUUAUGAAGAAAGCACGCCAGCACCUCUACUUCCUUAGGAUUUUGUGAAGAUUUGGUAUGAUGUAACAAACUUCUAUAGAUGUGUAGUGGAGAGUAUAAUGAUUUCGGCUGGUAUGGAAACACCAAUGCCCUUAAAUGCAAAAGCCUACAGAAAGAAGUGGAUAUGGCUCAGUCCAUCACAGGUAAAGUCCUCCCCAAAAUUGAGCACAUCUACACGCAGCAUUGCCACAGGAAACAGAAUCAAUCAUCGGGGACCCCACCACCCAGGCCACGCUCUCUUCUCACUGCCGUCAUCAGGAAGAAGAUACGGGAGCCUCAGGACCCACAACACCAGAGUGGAUUUAUUGAGUUUGCCUGCCAAAAAAAUGAAUCUCAGGGUUGUACUUGGUGACAUUGGAGAUGGUGACGUCAUUAUGCACGCGCGGGAUAGCGGGGAGACCAUUUUGUUUUCUGCGGCAGGAGCCGGUGGGGCGUUGGAAUCAAGUUCCCCCAGAGGUACUGGGCAGGGUGAGGAAAGAUUUUCACGAGUAAAGAACUCGACGCUGGAUAGCGUGGCUUGCAAGGUUCCUCACCGGUCAAGUAGAACCCAUGGCCAAGGAACAGGUCCAUUGAACGAGACGACGGUAUACGUCAUUACACCACGUCAUCAUGUCAGUAAAUAUUGUGCUGGGGCAGCCCCCAAGUGUCGCCACGCUUCCAGCACCAACUUUGCAUGCCCACAACUCCUAACCCGUGUGUGUUUGGACUGUGGAAGGAAGACCGAGCACCCAGAGGAAACCCACAUGGUCAUGGUGGGAACUUAUAAACUCCUUACAGGAACCGCCGGCGUAGUAAAGCGAUUGCGCUGCCCAAGCUGCCCUUAUGAUUCGACAUCUAUUCCACAUUGA